CCAUGCGCACGUUAGCAACGAUCCCAACCUCCCUCAUUGCGGAUGGAAAUGAACCAACCCCCCGCCAUCCCUGCGGACCAAAACACAGACACGUCUUCACUCUGCACUCCCCGCACUGCCACUCACACUCAGUCUAUUUCGCUCCUUUUUUCUCGUUUCCUUCCCCAUUUUUUGAAACCCUAAUAAGGCAGGCCUGUUCUCUCUCUCUCUCUCUCUCUCUCUCUCUCUCUCCAAUUCUGUAACAAAUACAAACUUCUCUGAUCUCACAGUUGUUAGUAAAUAAACAAAAAUGCGAUUUCUACGGAGGUCUCAGAGCUUCAGAAUAUUUGCGGGGAAUCCAAAGGCUGUCGGGGUGAGAGGCGUGGUUACGAGCUGCAGGGCGGUGGUGCUGCCGCGGUUCGGUGGGCCGGAGGUACUGGAGCUGCGGCCCGAUGUGGAAGUUCCCAAUCUCAAGCCCAAUGAGGUCCUCGUCCGCGCUCGUGCCGUCUCCAUUAACCCCCUCGAUACCAGAAUGCGAUCAGGCUAUGGUCGUUCUGUAUUUGAACCACUUCUACCUCUCAUUUUGGGUCGUGAUAUUAGCGGUGAAGUUGCAGCGAUUGGAGCUUCAGUUCGGUCACUGAGUGUUGGGCAAGAAGUUUUUGGUGCAUUGCAUCCAACUGCCGUAAGGGGUACUUAUGCUGACUAUGCAAUUCUUUCUGAAGAAGAGCUUGCUCCAAAACCUGUAGCAGUUACACAUGUGGAGGCAAGUGCCAUUCCUUUUGCUGCACUGACAGCAUGGCGUGCUUUAAAAAGUACUGCUAGAAUAACUGAGGGGCAAAGAAUAUUAGUGGUGGGUGGUGGAGGAGCAGUAGGUUUUUCUGCAAUUCAGAUUUCUGUAGCUGCAGGGUGCAUUGUUACAACUACUUGUGGAAGUCAAAGCAUAGAUAGAUUGAUUGCAGCUGGUGCUGAGCAGGCAGUUGACUACACUGCUGAGGACCUCGAAUUGGCAAUAAAAGGGAAGUUUGAUGCUGUUUUGGACACUAUUGGUGUACCAGAAACAGAAAGACUAGGCAUCAAUUUUUUGAAGAGAGGUGGACACUAUAUGACACUUCAGGGUGAGGCGGCAUCGUUGACUGAUAGGUACGGGCUAGCUGUUGGGCUUCCUUUAGCUACAGCUAUUUUGAUGAAGAAACAAAUUCAAUACCGUUAUUCUCAUGGAAUAGAAUAUUGGUGGACUUUUAUGAGGGCUGAUUCAGAAGGUUUAAAUGAGAUCCGCAGACUCUCUGAAGCUGGAAAGCUGAAAAUACCCGUGGAAAAAACAUUUCCCAUCUCACAGGUGAGAGAGGCUCAUGAGGCAAAAGACAGGAGACACAUUCCCGGUAAAGUAGUCCUGGAACUUGACUGAAAAAUAUUCGAUGAUUCCUUGGCGGUGAUGUCUGACUGGAAUCUUCAACACUAAAAUGCCAUUCCAUUUAACUUUCGUCUUGGUCAGUGGAUGCUGCACUGUAGGCCCUUCCUGUACACUAAAUACUAGGAUUUUGUGUAGAAGCUGAGUUUUGUGGAUGGAAACUUUCAAUUUCCGGUUGGCAAUCUGUAAAUGUUUGAGAUUUCCCUAUUAUUCUACAUAUUCAUUUUUGUUUCAUACAUAAUAAGCUCAAUUUGAUGUUAA